GCGGAAACCUUAUCUUUAGCUUUGGGUCGCUUUAUUGUAUUCUUUGAUUAUGUCUGGUCGUGGUAAAGGCGGGAAGGGACUUGGCAAAGGUGGCGCCAAGCGUCAUCGGAAGGUCCUUCGAGAUAACAUCCAGGGGAUCACCAAGCCCGCCAUCCGCCGUUUGGCUCGGCGCGGUGGUGUGAAACGAAUUUCAGGACUCAUCUACGAGGAGACUCGCGGAGUCCUGAAAGUGUUCCUGGAGAACGUGAUCCGGGACGCCGUCACUUACACGGAGCACGCCAAGAGAAAGACCGUCACCGCCAUGGAUGUGGUCUACGCUCUCAAACGCCAGGGCCGCACUCUGUACGGUUUUGGCGGAACCUUCAUUGACGUUUUCUCUCUAAUGGCCUUUGAUCAUAGCUUAUUGUCACUUUAUCAUGUAGCACGUGAUAAUGUCGUUUCUUCGUCUCUUUUAGCUAUGUCUGGUCGUGGUAAAGGCGGGAAAGGCCUUGGUAAGGGUGGCGCUAAGCGACACCGAAAGGUGCUUCGGGACAACAUCCAGGGCAUCACUAAGCCUGCUAUCCGCCGUUUGGCUCGGCGCGGUGGUGUGAAACGAAUUUCAGGACUCAUCUACGAGGAGACUCGCGGAGUCCUGAAAGUGUUCCUGGAGAACGUGAUCCGGGACGCCGUCACUUACACGGAGCACGCCAAGAGAAAGACCGUCACCGCCAUGGACGUGGUCUACGCUCUCAAACGCCAGGGCCGCACUCUGUACGGCUUUGGCGGCUGAGAGCCUCGCUGUGUUAUGCAUUGUUAACACCGGAUUUCCAAAGGCCCUUUUUAGGGCCACCCAUAUUCUCACUAAAGAGGUGUGC